ACCCCUUGUUUGUUCUCUAUGUGGUAGCUCUAGCAAAAUGUUGUUCAGUCUCACACUCACUCCCUCAUUCUCUGCACCAAAGCACUUAUGGUGAUCAAUUACUUUUAAAGAUGGAGGAAGAAAUCAAUUAUGCUACACUGUAUUUUAAAAAUGGUGGUGCAGCUCCAAACGAAGACAAACAGGACUCAACCAUUUAUUCCGAAGUAAAACCUAAAGGGGCUGCCACGUCCGUACCAACAGAUGGUGAAGCAGCUGCACGCUCUCACUUUUGUGUGUUGGUGGUGUGUUUGGGGAUACUUUGUGUCCUCCUGUUGGCUGCAAUCAGUGCCAUCAUUUACAUCAGUGUGGUAAUAAACCAACAGAAAGCAAACCUCAGCAACCUCACAGCAGAAAAUCAGCUGCUGAUCACGGAGAGGAGCAUCUUAGAGCGAGAGACAGAGGAGCUCACAAGAGUCAGAGAUAAUCUCAACUGGACACUGGAAGUCAUCCUGACAUUUAACACCUUUCCAGUAAAUGACUUCUGCCCAGAUAAAAAGUGUCAGCCGUGCCAGACACACUGGCAUUUGUUCCAGGAAAAGUGCUACCUGUUUUACAGCGAAGACAGUCCUUGGAAGACAUGGCAAGAAAGCCGAACGUAUUGCAAAACCACAGCCGCAGAUCUGGUUGUUAUUGACAGUCUGCAUGAACAGGAAUUCAUAAGUAAUCACACCAAGUACUAUUACGACACAUUUCAUGGAUACUGGCUCGGGUUGUAUGAAAUCCAACACCAAAACUGGGUCUGGGUUGAUGGACGUAAUGACACUCUAGGGUACUGGUUGACGGAGAAAUUUGGUGACACUGGUCAGUGUGCACUGGUAAUCCCGGGGAAGACUCCUUCACACAGCUGGGACCCAGCAGACUGUAUAAUGCAAAACAGGUUCAUCUGUGAGAGAGACGCUCUGAUAAAGUCUAAUUAGUUAGUGCUAAGUUUUUUUUGUAUGUAUUCUUGCUACUCUUGUUGCACGCUAAACUACAUUCCAAAACUGUAUCACCAAUUUUCAAAAAAAAUAAAAAUAAAAUUGUAUUACAUAUUUAAAUCCUGAAUAAGCCUGAGGAUGAUGUCGUGUUCAUAAU